GAACUUCGCAGGAUCGUCCCACGUUAGACAACGCAACACGCGCAAAUAACAAUUGUUAUUGCCCCUAUUGUUCCCGCCUCUGCUUCGGGCAACCAACCUCUCCCUAGUGGUGUUUGCACGCCUCGGACCACUCCCCCCUACGCAUGCGCCUCCGCCUGCGACGGGCCAACCCUGCUUCCAGCGCGGAGCCUCACCUAUAAUCCGAACAAAGGCAUUCGAUACACACUUUCUGCACCACAUAUGGCUUCAAGUACGUCUGGACUCACGCGCCGGAGAGGGGGGGCCGCUGGAAACAACAAUGGAGAAGAGGAUGGCAGUCGGGUCAGCUCGCCUGGGCCUAGGAGGAUCGACGACCGCACGCCAGAAACCUCAUAUGAGAGCACCGCCAAUGGCCACAAGAUUGCGUUCGACCCGCGGGAUAUUAGUGAAAGCGCGGAAAGAAAUAAGCAACCGAAACUGACGCUGAUGGAGGAAGUUAUUCUCAUGGGGUUGAAGGAUAAGCAGGGAUAUCUCUCAUUCUGGAACGACAAUAUAUCGUAUGCGCUCAGAGGGUGCAUCGUGAUUGAGUUGGCUUUCAGGGGCCGUAUCAGCAUGCAAAAGGACCCUUCAAGACGGCGGUUCCAGCUCGCCGACCGCGUUAUCGAGGUUAUCGAUGAUACCAUGACCGGGGAGGUACUGCUGGAUGAGACGCUGAAGAUGAUGAAGUCGAGCGAGAAGAUGAGUGUCAAUUCCUGGAUUGACCUUCUCAGUGGCGAGACGUGGAACCUUAUGAAGAUUGGCUAUCAGCUUAAACAGGUGCGUGAGCGGUUGUGUAAAGGUCUUGUGGAUAAGGGUAUCUUGCGCACAGAGAAGAAGAACUUUUUGCUAUUUGAUAUGGCCACUCAUCCCGUUGCGGAUGGUGGGGCAAAAGAAGAGAUACGGCGGCGAGUAAGGAACGUUCUCACGAGUCGCACGGUCGUUCUCCCUGCCAGUCAAUUCCUCCCAGAGGAGAUGGAAUUCAGAUACCUACGAACGAUAGCGAUGGUAUGCGCCGCAUAUGCGGCCAACGUCCUCGAGAAUGCUCUCACCACUCUCGGACAUGAAGCUAGGGAACGAGCGUUCGCGCAGGUGGAUGAGCUCCUCGCCGAGUACUCGCAAUGGCCGUUCGCACGGCGGCCAGGAGGUGCUGGUGGUGUCGGUGCGAACCUCAGCCAGGUGGUCAAUGAAGAAGUCAACCGCAACAAAGACAAGGAGUUGCAGCUUGAGGUGGUCGCCGCCUGCCUGAGUGUCUUUACGAGGCUGGAUUCGUUGCUGUGAAGGACGGUAUUAAGAGCAGAGCUUAUGGACAUUCUGGCGUGAAGGCCGGUUUGUGAAGACCGGCUUGGGGCUGUACCGAUCUUGUCGUCAAGUGUCCUCGGUCUACGGCAGCAUUGGACACGCAGACGGGAUCGGCUGGCGGUUGAGAGGGGCCCACUGCACCAGUGAAACUGGUGCGUCAAUGAGCAGGCACGGGUACUCUGGACAGCUUCUGGGACUUCAUUUUUCUCGUUGAUAUCAUCGUGUGUUCCUGUUUCAAUUUCUCGUUCAAAACUCUCGUCGGUGACAAGGCGUCUGGCCCGGUUUUUCAACGGCCGUGGUACCUGGGAAUUGACUUCUGGCUUUUCUGCGGAAAAUGGACGUACGUUGCAAAAACUGUCAGUUGUGAUUGGCAAACAGAAGCGCUUGCUGCUACUGAAGCGUUGACCUAUUACCGUAAUACCUAUAUACUCUAGAUGUUAUAUCCAGGACUAUUGUGUGCAUA